AUGGUUGCGGCCUUCUUUGUCCAAUUUAUCGUUUGUGGGAUUACAUACAGCAUGGGUAUUUUCCAUGUGGUCUUCCGGAACAUUUUUGCAGGAAGUCAGUUUGACACAUCUUGGGUCGCUGCACUUCUUUUCCAUGUAACUGCUAUCUCAAGUGUCCUUUUCCGAUUUGUGACAUCCAAAUUUGGAUGUCGGAUUAGUGUAAUAUUGGGUGGUAUAUUGUCAACUGCUGGUCUUGCACUGGGAGUUUGUGUCACAGAACUUUAUGAAGUCUACCUUUGUAUGGGUGUACUCACAGGUAUUGGUUUUGGAAUUGCGUGCUCUCCAUCAAUUGUGGCUAUUGAGCAGUAUUUCCAUAAAUGCCGCUACCAGGCACUCAGCACUGUUUUAGCCGGAAUCGGGUGUGGGAUUAUAGUUUUCCCAAUAAUUGUCCGCUACUUGUUGGAAGAAUAUGCUUGGCGUGGUACCCUUUUGCUGCUGUCAGCAUCAACACUCAACCUCUGUGUCUGUGGGGCAGUAAUGAAACCACUCAAAUGUGAAAAAGAAGUGCGUCUACUGCCCUUGCUCUCCUGCCUGCCACUGCGCAAUCCACUCUUUUAUGCCAUGUGCAUCGCGAACCUGUUCUGGAGUUUUGGCUCUACCAUUAUUUAUCUCUUCCUCCCUUCCUAUGCCAUCAGCAUGGGCACAGACUUUAGCACCGCUACAUUCCUCGUGUCUUGUAUAGGCAUGGCAAGCUUUACCAGUCGCGUUAUCUUUGCAUUCAUGGGGCACAACUCCACUUUGGAUGAUGUGACAGCUAUCUUGUGUUCACUUGGCCUUGGUGGCUUCUGGACAACAUUCAUGUCCCAAGUGACUCGUGAGUUGCUGGGACCACAUUAUAUUGCUAUUGGCAAUGGUUACUUGUCUUUCAUGAUUGCUCUUGGAUGUCUUGGAGGUCCAUGUGCUGCAUUGCUCAUUCAAGCAGAAGAUGAAUAUAAAUACGCCUUUUAUCUCGCUGGUGCCUGCCUUCUGACGAGUUCCACCAUCAUGGUUCUCUUCAAGUAUAGACAGUGUGGGGUUCCAGUUUCUCUACCUAGCAGUGAAGUGAAGGAACCCCUGAUGAAUGCACAAAACGGUGCAGCAAAGUACGCAGAUUCAACUACUACCUAUCGGUACUAUGAUGAGGAGCAUAUGGUAAUGCAAACACCAGGGGUGUACAGUUUACCAGCAUCAACAGACGCCAGACUCGAAUUGAGAGGCAGUCGUGACAAGUGUUUGACCCAUAUCACCACUACGGGAAUUUAUUGUACAAGAAAGCCUUCCCCUAUUACGGACCAAACCAGAGUUUGUGUAUAA